AUGUCGGACAGAACAAUGACACGGCAAGUACUGUUGUUUAUCUCGGUCCUCUCUCUCAGUUCAGUGCACGGGCAGGUCAGUUACUCCAUUCCCGAGGAAAUGGCGAAAGGCUCUUUAGUCGGUAACAUAGCGCAGGAUUUAGGUUUAGAUAUCAAAAGACUGAAAUCAGGUAAAGCUCGUAUUUAUACUGGAGACAGCGCAGAAUACAUCGAUCUGAAUAAAGAAAGGGGAGUUCUCCUCAUCAAAGAGAGAAUAGACCGUGAAGCACUCUGCGGACAGACAACGCCUUGCGCUUUACAUUUUCAGAUUAUUCUGGAGAACCCGAUGGAAUUUUAUACAGCUACAAUAAUGAUCCAGGACCAGAAUGACAACGCGCCUCAGGUUCUGUACCCAGUCCAGACUAGCAGCUCUCUGGUGGCUGAAAUGGUGCCUCGUUCAGCAGAUGUGGACUAUCUUGUCACUAAAGUGGUGGCUGUUGAUGUGGACUCUGGACAGAAUGCCUGGCUCUCGUAUAAACUGCAGAAAGCGACAGACAGGGCGCUGUUUGAAGUGGGCUUACAGAAUGGAGAAAUAAGAACUAUACGUCAAGUCAAUGAUAAAGAUGCUGUGAAACAAAGGCUCACUGUUGUAGUGGAGGACAACGGGCAGCCCUCUCGUUCAGCUACAGUCAAUGUUAACGUAGCGGUGGCGGACAGCUUCCCUGAAGUGCUCUCGGAGUUCACUGACUUUACGCACGACAAGGAGUACAAUGACAACCUGACUUUUUACUUAGUCUUGGCUUUGGCUGUAGUCUCAUUUCUGUUCAUCACAUGUUUAGUUGUUAUUAUAUCAGUGAAAAUAUACAGAUGGAGACAGUCUCGCGUCCUUUAUCAUUCCAAUCUCCCGGUUAUUCCGUAUUAUCCACCGCGCUACGCAGACACUUUGGGGACAGGAACUCUACAGCACGUGUACAAUUACGAGGUGUGCAGGACGACUGACUCCAGAAAGAGUGACUGUAAGUUCGUCAGACCCUGUAGUCAGAACGUUCUGAUAAUGGACCCCAGUUCUACAGGGACGAUGCAGCGGAUGCAGAGUGAAAAUAACAUCCUGGAUGAACCAGACUCCCCAGCAGAGACCAUCAUGUGA